AUGGCGGCAGUUUGGUGGAUUUGGAGGGCCAGGAAUGCUUUUUGCUUGGACAAUGAUCUGGUUCCACAUUUUUCUCUCAAAAUGCGCAUAGUGGACUAUGCUCUUUUGCUUAAGAAUUGUGACUUUAAUCAGCACGAGACGACGCUUCCGAAGUUAAUGAGGUGGAAUGCAUUUGGCGGCACUGGCAUGAUCUUGAAUGUGGACGGAUGUAGUAUUGGUAAUCCUGGUAUUUCCAAUUUUGGGGGAUUGAUUCGCAAUGCAGAUGGAGCUUGGAUUCAGGGUUUCUUUGCGAUUACUUUUGUUACCGAACCUGUGGAUGUGUGGCAUCAUUAUGCAGCCAAUAACAUCAAGGACAUCCUGAAUAGAGAUUGGCAGGUCCUAAUCCUCCAUACCUUCCGAGAGGGCAACGUCUGCGCCGACUAUUUUGCUAAGCUUGGUGCUAACAGUAAUGAAGUCUUCCCUUCCAUUGCCAACCCGCCUGCUGGUCACAAUCUUUGCCUUCUAGCUGAUGCUAGUGGGAUUUGUUUCUAUAGAUAA